AUGAUAACGCAAUUGCGCACGAUUCUUGUGUUGAAUGUCUUAUUAAGUCAAGUUCAAGACUUACAACUUGCUACAACCGUUCAUGCCAUUUAUGAUAAUGAAAGCAAACCAGAAGUGGCGACUGACUUCUUCAAUGUGCUUAAAAAUGCAAUGCUCCAUCGAGAUUAUAAUUUAACUGAGUCUUGA